CCUUCCAUCACAGUUCUACCCAGUAUAAGUUAAAACGACUCGAGUCCCUCCCUUGAGACCUCCAUUCCUCCACCUCUGAGCCCAGCAGCCCGAGGUCUCGCAGCCAUCAUGGCAGACCUAUUGCAAUACCAGCCCUUCAGAGGCCUCUACGCCCUCACAGCCCUCGGGUUCGAGCUGGCCCGCAUCCCCCUCUGGAUCCUCAAAUACAUCCUCCCCUACGGCCGUCAACACCCGAAAUGGAGCUUCCGCCAGGCCCUCAGCGUGCGCCUUUUCCUCUCCGCCGUACACCACAUAGCGCGUCUCCGCAUCAAGACUCCGCUCCCCUUAACCCCGGGCGCCGAAAAAGAGCGCUUCGUCGUCCUCAAACCCGCCGCAGGGAAAUACUUCACCGGCCCAUUCGCGCCGACCGAGCACGUCAAACCCAUCCCCAUAGGCGCAAGCUGGUAUCCCGCGCCCCUAACCCCCUCCUCCAACACGUCCGCCAUCCUGGUAAUCCUCCACCUCCACGGCGGCGCCUUCGUCAUCGGCGACGGCCGCACCAAAGCCUCUGGCUACUUCGCCCGCAAACUCCUCAACCACACGCCCGCAACCCACGUCCUGGCGCCGCAAUACCGCCUCUCGACGCUGCCGGCCUCACCCACUUCCAACCCCUUCCCCGCCGCCCUGCAAGACUGCCUCUCCGCCUACCUCCACCUCCUCAACGACCUGCACAUCCCCGCUAGCCGCAUCAUCCUGUCCGGCGACUCGGCCGGCGCAAACGCAGCCAUCUCCCUCUUGAGAUACAUAUCCCAAUUCGGCGCCGAGCUCGAUAUCCCUGCGCCCAGGGCAGCGUUGCUCUGGUCCCCUUGGAUUUCGCCGGCGGACAGCAUCCAUCGCUCCAAACUCGAAAGCAACAGGAAUUACGGCACCGAUUACCUCCCCUACUCGUUUACCUCGUGGGGCGGUCUCGCGUACGCGGGUGCUGCGGGGCCCAAGGUGCUGGAGAGCGAGUACGUUUCGCACAAGGGGAGGCCGUUUCGGACGAGCGUGCCCGUGUGGGUGAAUACGGGGAGUGCUGAGGUGUUGUUCUUCGAUGAUGUCGAGUGGGUGGAGAGUAUGAGGGGGGUGGUGGGGAACGAGGUGGUGCUGGAUGUCGAGGAGACGGCCGUGCAUGAUGUUUGUCUUGUGGGCGGGCAGUUGGGGUUUGAUGCCGAGGCGACGGCUUGUGCGAGGAGGGCGGGGGAGUGGGUGAGGGGGUUGGGGGUGGGUGGAGAGGGAAUGAAUUAG